AGACCGCCCUGGAGGCAAGAAGCAGCCGCUCCAUCCCGGCCCUGGCUACCUCCUUGAUACAGCCUAGGGCUGAAGGCAGGGGCACGCCCUGUGUCCUACACCCCUGUUCCUGGGAUGUUAUCAGUAGCCUCUUCGUUUCUCCACCCUCUCCUCACGGCGCUAAACCCCACUGUCAUGCCUAUAAAUCCCAAGAGCAAAGGGUGGCACGAUUCCCCCCGCGCCCCUGCGGGCUGAAGGCGGGCACUAAAGCAGUGCAGUUCCAAGCUUCCCCUGCAGAAGCCACGCUCCUGACUUGGUCCGGUGAUAGAGGGGGCGCGAGAGAGCAAGUGGGCGGGCGUCCCAUCCUCCGCAUCCUCCUCCAAGUCCUGGCGCGCAGGGAGGGAGCGCUGCGCUGCGCCGGGCUGCGCAUCGCGGCCCACUUGCCGCCUGUCCCCUGCCCUGGCUGGGCCACCUCCCCGGGCUGCCGGUGGAGGACUUCGAGGCGCUAACGUUACGCUGUUUCCGGUUUUCCAGAGGGCUCUGUUUCCCCUCCCAAGGCGGCGGCGGCUGAGCGGCGGAGCCCCCCAAAUGGCCUGGCCAGAUGCGGCAGGUUUGCUGCUCAGCGCUGCCGCCGCCACUGGAGAAGGCUCGGUGCAGCAGCUACAGCUACAGCUACAGCGACAGCAGCAGCAGCAGCAGCAGAAGCAGCAGCAGCAGCAACAGCAGCAACAGCAGCAGCAGCAGCAGCGAGAGCGGCGGCAGCAACAGCAACAGCGGCAGCAGCAGCAGCAUCUCCCGUCCCGCUGCGCCCCCAGAGCCGCGGCCGCAGCCACCGCCGCAGCCCCGCAGCCCCGCAACCCCGAGAGCCGCCGCCCGCUCGCGAGCCGCAGCCGCCGGCGGCAUGAGGCGCGACCCGGCCCCCGGCUUCUCGAUGCUGCUCUUCGGUGUGUCGCUCGCCUGCUACUCGCCCAGCCUCAAGUCGGUGCAGGACCAGGCGUACAAGGCACCCGUGGUGGUGGAGGGCAAGGUACAGGGACUGGCCCCGGCAGGCGGCUCCAGCUCUAACAGCACCCGCGAGCCGCCCGCCUCGGGUCGGGUGGCGCUGGUGAAGGUGCUGGACAAGUGGCCGCUCCGGAGCGGGGGGCUGCAGCGCGAGCAGGUGAUCAGCGUGGGCUCCUGUGUGCCGCUCGAAAGGAACCAGCGCUACAUCUUUUUCCUGGAACCCACUGAGCAGCCCUUAGUUUUUAAGACGGCCUUUGCCCCGGUCGACCCUAACGGCAAAAACAUCAAGAAAGAGGUGGGCAAGAUCCUGUGCACGGACUGCGCCACGCGGCCCAAGCUGAAGAAGAUGAAGAGCCAGACAGGAGAGGUGGGUGAGAAGCAGUCGCUGAAGUGUGAGGCAGCGGCGGGGAACCCCCAGCCCUCCUACCGCUGGUUCAAGGAUGGCAAGGAGCUCAACCGGAGUCGUGACAUUCGUAUCAAGUACGGCAAUGGCAGAAAGAAUUCACGACUGCAGUUCAACAAGGUGAAGCUGGAAGACGCUGGGGAGUAUGUCUGUGAGGCUGAGAACAUACUUGGGAAGGACACCGUGAGGGGCCGGCUCCAUGUGAACAGCGUGAGCACCACUCUGUCAUCAUGGUCGGGGCAUGCCCGGAAGUGCAACGAGACAGCCAAGUCCUACUGUGUGAAUGGAGGCGUGUGCUACUACAUCGAGGGCAUCAACCAGCUCUCCUGCAAGUGUCCUGUGGGAUACACCGGGGACAGGUGUCAGCAGUUCGCAAUGGUCAACUUCUCCAAGCACCUUGGAUUUGAAUUAAAGGAGGCUGAGGAGCUGUACCAGAAGAGAGUUCUGACAAUUACUGGCAUCUGUGUGGCUCUGCUGGUCGUGGGCAUCGUCUGUGUGGUCGCCUACUGCAAGACCAAAAAACAGCGGAGGCAGAUGCAUAACCAUCUCCGGCAGAACAUGUGUCCAGCCCACCAGAACCGGAGCCUGGCCAAUGGGCCCAGCCACCCUCGGCUGGACCCUGAGGAGAUCCAGAUGGCAGAUUACAUCUCCAAAAAUGUGCCAGCCACAGACCACGUGAUCCGGCGGGAAACUGAGACCACGUUCUCUGGGAGCCACUCCUGCUCACCUUCUCGCCACUGCUCCACAGCCACGCCCACCUCCAGCCACAGACAUGAGAGCCACACGUGGAGCCUGGAACGUUCGGACAGCCUGACCUCGGAUUCCCAGUCAGGCAUCAUGCUGUCGUCGGUGGGCACCAGCAAGUGCAACAGCCCGGCAUGUGUGGAGGCGCGGGCGAGGAGGGCGGCAGCCUACAGCCAGGAGGAGCGGCGCAGGGCUGCCAUGCCACCCUACCACGACUCCAUAGACUCCCUGCGUGACUCUCCACACAGUGAGAGGUACGUGUCGGCCCUGACCACGCCCGCGCGCCUCUCGCCCGUGGACUUCCACUACUCGCUGGCCACGCAGGUGCCGACUUUCGAGAUCACGUCGCCCAACUCUGCGCAUGCCGUGUCGCUGCCGCCCGCCGCGCCCAUCAGCUACCGCCUGGCGGAGCAGCAGCCGCUCCUGCGGCACCCGGCGCCGCCGGGCCCCGGGCCGGGGUCCGGCGCGGACAUGCAGCGCAGCUACGACAGCUACUACUACCCCGCGGCGGGGCCCGGACCGCGGCGCAGCGCCUGCGCGCUGGGCGGCAGCUUGGGCAGCCUGCCCGCCAGCCCCUUCCGCAUCCCGGAGGACGACGAGUACGAGACCACGCAGGAGUGCGCGCCCCCGCCGCCGCCGCCGCCGCCGCCGCCGCCGCCGCGGCCGCGCACGCGCGGCGCGUCCCGCAGGACGUCAGCGGGGCCGCGGCGCUGGCGGCGCUCGCGCCUCAACGGGUUGGCGGCGCAGCGCGCACGCGCGGCGCGGGACUCGCUGUCGGUGAGCAGCGGCUCGGGCUGCGGCUCGGCGUCGGCCUCGGACGACGACGCGGACGACGCGGACGGGGCGCUGGCGGCCGAGAGCACGCCUUUCCUCGGCCUGCGAGCGGCGCACGACGCGCUGCGCUCGGACUCGCCGCCGCUGUGCCCGGCGGCCGACAGCAGGACUUACUACUCCCUGGACAGCCACAGCACGCGCGCCAGCAGCAGACACAGCCGUGGGCCGCCCACGAGGGCCAAGCAGGACUCGGGGCCCCUCUAGGGCCCCACCCCCGCCUCGCCCGCCCCAAGUCUCCAAGGAGAGCGGAGACCACCGACUGGAGAGGGAAUAGGAGCGAACAAAGAAAUAAAAAUAUUUUUAUUUUCUAUAAAAAGGAAAAAAGUAUAACAAAAUGUUUUAUUUUCAUUUUAGCAAAAAAAAAAUUGUCUUAUAAUACUAGCUAACGGCAAAGACGUUUUUAUAGGGAAACUAUUUAUAUGUAACAUCCUGAUUUACAGCUUCGGAAAAAAAAAAGAAACAACAAAAAAAAAAAGAGAGAUGGGCCAAUUUUUUGACUCUUUAAUAGAAACCUAUAUUGUGGUGCCUUUUGCUGUACGCUAAUCUGGGGCUCCUGGAGAGUCGUCUGGGGUGCAGGGUGGGGAUGGGCGCUUGUAGGAUCCCAAACCAGUGGGGGUGAGAAAAGGCAGGGAAAGAAGAGACAGACCGAGGUUCUAAUGUCCCUGAGGCUAGUGGACAGCGAGGAAGAACGUGAAGACAAGGCAGUUUUAUCUUCCCCAGUCCAAAUCUGGAGUCCUGGGCAGAGAGAGCAGGGAUCCUAAGCUUACAGCUGGAAUUGAGGUCGGGUUACUUCCAGGGGGAGACACAGGCCCCCCACUACAGCAACUAGAAUGGGGAGGGGUCCUCCCCGCUCCUCACCGCUGCUAAGGGAAAGAGGACAGAGAAGGCGGUCUCCCCACCAGCCCCCGGCCUAGGGAGGGGGCAGCUCUACCAGGGGCCCAACCUUCACGGCUCCUCCUCCCCUGCGGCCUCCAGGAUACCCUCUGUCCUCUGCAGCACCUUCGUUUACAGGCCGUCUUUUCUAUUUUACGCCUGCAUGUCCUUUGCAUUUCAGAUUCUUUAGAUUGAAUGCAUGGUCACGCUGGGACCCAGAAGAGCCACUCCGACAGUGUAUUCGAUUCCCCUUUUAGCAAUAAAGUAACACCAUGUCCUCACAGCCCAGCCCCCACCCCACCUAUGACUUCCAUCCUCCAGUCCUGCCCUCCCCGGCCCUCACAACUGGAUCCAAUGCUAAUUUGUCAAAAAUGGCAAUUGUCUAAAAAAAACAGACAAGAAAAAAAAAUCCCAAACAGGAACAAACGGGAAAUCCUGACAUGUCCAAACACCUGACUGUUGACACUUGAACAUUUUUAUAUUAUAAAUAAAAUCAGAAAUAAUUCCUGUUUGACUGUGUGUACCUGGCCCCAGGUGAGGAGGGUAGAUAGAAUCAGGACCUGGGAUAAGGCAUGUGGGUACUGAAUAAAGAUUGGAGAGGGCCAGGGCAGUCCCUGAGCGGAAGUGACCCUCUCUCCAGUUCCGCUGGCCCCAGCUCCAAGGACCUGCUCCAAGUCUUCCUUCCAAAUCAUUUAUAAGGUGUCCCCCCUGGGUGCUGGGAAACCCAGCCAAGGGAUUGACGCAAAUUGUUGUGCUUUAAACUCAGCCUCAGAACUCUGGCCCAGUCCCUGCCCUGGAGCUAGGGAGCUGGAUUGAGGCAACAGUUUCCCGCCCAGGUGGGUGAAGAGGGAAGAAAAGGGCUGUGGGGUUGGCACCGGGGCAGCGGAGGUAAAGAUGACCCUUGGGGCCUCAGGCACGUCACAGGCAGAGUCUGGACAUGUAAGACAGUAUAAUGGGUACCCUCAUUGCCAGAAGGACCAGAACAGCUGCAGCUUCGAAGCCCACAGGGUAUUGCUCUUUCCCCGAUUUAAACCCCCUCAGAGGCAGGGCAUGUCUAAACCUGCAGCUCUGAUGAAGGUCUGAUCUCAGGCAUGGAGGAGGCAGAUGGAGUCCAGGGUGAAGAGUCUUUCUCAUCAGCUACCUAGAAUACCAGGAAGCAAGAUUCCAGCCUCCUGGAACUGAAGCCUUCUCUCCAAAGAGCUGGGGUGAAUGUGUACAUGUUUGUGUAUGCUUAUACACGUUCUCGAAAGGCCCAGCACAGAACUAGACAGGCACUGAUAGAGCAGUGGGACCCAGAGGCACAGAGCAACAAGAGGGACGGAAUCGAGUGCCAGCUCUGGCCCUCACUAGCUCUGUGCCUUCUCCAAACCACAGUUGCUGCUUAGUGAGAGAUGAGGAAGAAAUUGUAUCCCUCAUCAAGUUACUGUGGUGGCCACAUGCAGAUGGACCCAGCGCUGCUCCUGACAGAUGGCUGGACGAUGGCCACCUUGAAGGGGGUGGUGACAGAAUCCUGAGCCUCUCUUGAAUCACAAAGUGGCAAAAACUCGAUGAGGUGAUGAUUAAGAAAAGUUUAAAUUUAUGAAGUCAUUAUAUUCGUUGAGGGAUGCUGAGGGGGCACGUACUACAAAGGGGGAAAAAUGAAAGAAAAAUUACUGGGCUGAAUGUUACACAAACCUGUAGAUCAUGGACCUCUUCCAGGCCCCAGGAAAUGAUCUCAUUAGAUCCCUCUGAUAUCGUUUGCUGUUGUCUUGAGAGCUUUCUUAGGGCCAUAAUCCUUACGUGUGACCUCUGAUCUCUAUGGGACCCCAAAUUCACUGCUCUGACCUCUUGGUGAACCCACUGGUCAGAUCUUAUUCCGAUCCAGGUUAGAGCCCUCACUUAGCCUCUCUGAGGGCUUUAAGUUGUUGCCUUCUAGGUUUUCAUUCAGAAACCACCUUUAUGACUCAGAUGAAUUUUCCUAUCUGUAUAUGACCCCGGUUGACUUCAAGUAACCACUUAGUGAACUUGUACCUGACCCCAUUUUGUUCGCUCAGCAUCUGCCCUGGAGUCUAAGAUACCUGCCAAGAGUCCAAGGCCAGAACUUAACCUAGUUCCUCAGCUCUCUCCUCAUGGCAUCAGCCACCUAGAAAAUGGACAUGUAUGGUUGGGACUCAGGAGCAUGCUUGACCAGAGAGACCCUCUUGCCCACUCUGCCUCUCAGGUUUCAGCCUUGGGGGAAACUGAGUGUGUGGCCCCUCAGGAAGCAUUGCAAUCACGUUAAGCAACUUCCCUUCCACCACCCUGUCCCCUGGAACACUCAGGACAUUCAGGCAGCUUCCUAGGUCAAAGUUCUCUUCCCUGUUCCCCAAAUUCUUUACUUUGUAGUACCACUUUUAGUGUCUCUCCCCAGCCCCUCUCAGUGUCCUCCGUGGCAAUGAUAACCACUUCUCACCCAGACUUCCCCAUAACUGUGAGACCCGCGAAGACAGGGAACUGACCUCUUUAACCACCGUCCCUAGCACCCAGCAACAGUGUAUGGCACAUGGUUGUCCCUCACUGAGGGGGUCGAAGGCUAUCGUCAAGAGUUAGCCAUCAGGAGGAGUUCCUGAGCCCUGGACAACUUCCCAG